AUGAUGGAUGCAGAAGUUCAGCUGGUCCAGGACAAGAUGGAACAACUUCAAGCUUUUCAACUGCUUGCUGCUAAGAAAAGAGAAGCUGAAGAAAAAGCUCGCCUUGUUGAAGCUGAAGGAGUAAGACUAAAAACAGAAGAAGAAGCUAAAGUUGUGGAGGAAGCCAGGUUGGCUGCAGAAGCUGCAAAGGCUGCUGAAGAUAAAGUUCCAAAUGUGCUUCCAAACAUAACUCUACUUUGCUUGCUUUUGGCCACUCGCCUUCGAUCUUCUUACAAGCCUUCUUCUGAACUUCAGCUCUCUGAUCUUCUCCAAUUCGUACAUUCUUAA